AUGCCAGGGCCUCAAACACUGGAGCGUCCGUCAAGGCCGACGUUGUCAUCAGCGGAGGAUGGGGAAAAUGUUGGAAUGGAUGCCGUGCAGUGCAAGCAGUCGUGCGGGCUGGUCUCUGUGCCCUUGCUGGUGCUUGCAACCGGCAGAAACAAGCUGCGCGGAUUUGCCAGCAAUCUCAGACGUGAGCUGCUCCUUUUCAUCAACACGACCGUGGCCUUCCCUGCCGGGCGGGCAACGCAAGCCGGUGAGCUCGGCGCGGUGUUCACCUACAAAGCCAAGGCCCCUCCAUGCCCUCUCGCCAUCGCCAGCUCCCAUUGGGCUCGUUCGGCCCCUCAGAUGCUCGACGCCCACCGCAACGUCACCAUCACGCUUGGCUGUUUCUCACGCAAGCCGGGGAAAAACGCAGAAUAUAAGAGGUACCGCGGCGCACCGAUCGGCAUCCCAUCCAUUCUCAUCACCGGCGACGAUUCCGUGCCCGUGCCGAGACGACGACGGUCCAGUUCAGCGACAAGCGCCCGUCAGAAAACGGCCCGGCCCAUUCCCCGACGACCCAGCGACCCCAUCCUUCUCAGACAGAUCGCUACGCAACACGGCCACCCGAGCACCACCUGCAGCACCUGCUGCACCCGGCUCCUGGCGAUUGGCGUCGAUUGGGAUAGCGCCCUGUUGGCCAGCAGCGCCUGGACGAACUAUUAA